AUGUUCCACCAGGUACGAGUUCCCGAGAGAGACUGCGAUGCCCUACGAUUUCUGUGGUGGCAGAGUCAUGACUUGUCCAAGGAUCCGACUGACUUCCAGAUGCUGGUUCAUUUGUUUGGGGCAACAUCCUCGCCCAGUUGUGCAGGAUUCGCUCUGAGGAAAACGGCAGAUGACUAUGGUGCUGAAUUUGGGGAGGCUGCCUCAGCAGUACGUGACAAUUUCUACGUCGAUGACCUUUUGGUGUCGGUGAGUUGUGCAGAAGCGGGUAUCAACCUGGCUAGACAGCUCAUUGAUCUGCUCAGCAAAGGUGGAUUUAGACUGAGGAAAUGGAUCAGCAAUAACCGGGAGGUUCUGUCUGCUAUUCCAGCAAGUGAGAGAGCCCCAUCUGUGUUGGAUCUGGAUUUGGGAGACUUACCAAUCGAGCGUACCCUUGGUAUACAUUGGAACGAACAGUCGGACACCUUUGCUUUCAAGACGGUUCUGAAGGAAAGGCCCACCACCCGGAGAGGCAUCCUAUCAAUUGUCAGCUCACUAUAUGACCCACUGGGGUUCCUAGCGCCUUUCAUCCUACCUGCCAAGAUUUUGCUUCAGGAUAUCUGA